CAUUCUAUGUAGUUUGUAUCAAAUCUGCUUUAAUUCUGUCAUACCUCUGACCGAGUGUAUCUGAUACACUUUGAGUUUAUUAAUUGUUGUUGAUGACGGUGUUUUAUAUAUUCAAGUUUAAUUUUUGCCUAAAUAAUUAAUUGAAAAGUUGUUUAUAACAUAUUAUUUGUUUGGGGGUAGUAAAAUUGGUAAUAAUAAAAGUAAAAAGGUAUUAUGAGUGGAUCUGGUAAACCUUUGUUGGGUUUGUGGCUAUACAGGAGUGGUGAAGAAUGGAAUUACAAAGAAGAGAGUCCCAUUGCUUUGAAGAGUCAGCCAAAAUCUGAUUCCAAAGAAUCAUCAACCGAGAUGGAAAAGAUUUCCAUAAUUUUCACUUUGAAAAACCAAGUAGGAGGAUUGGUUAGAGCGCUUCAAGCUUUCCAGGAUCUCGGAAUCAGCGUGCUGCACAUCGAAUCCAGACCUGGUCAGGCCGGAGACAGCCAGGUGGAUUUUUUGGUGGACAUUGAAACGGAUACCAAGAAGCUGGAACAAUUGGGACGGAUGCUAAAGAGGGAAGUUCUGACAAUGGUUAUUGGAUCUUAUGGAAAUGGAAUUGAAGAAUUCCCACCUCCUACGCCACUGAGUGCUACAACCAGUUUUGAUUUCGAUGACAUGCCCUGGUUUCCUAAAAAAAUCUCCGAACUGGACAACGCCCAGAAUGUUCUGAUGUAUGGAAGUGAAUUAGAUGCUGACCAUCCCGGAUUUAAAGACCCUGUAUACAGGACCAGAAGAGAGCAGUUCUUUAGGAUUGCUAUGAAUUAUAAACAUGGUCAUCCUAUACCAAAGGUCAAAUACACACCUGAAGAAAUAAAAACAUGGGGAGUUGUAUUUCGUGAACUGCAGAAACUCUACCAGAAGCACGCUUGCAAGGAGUACCUUGAGAACUGGCCACAACUGGUCAAAUACUGCGGAUACAGGGAAGACAACGUGCCACAGCUCCAAGACGUGAGCGUUUUCUUGAAGCGGAAAACUGGAUUUCAGUUACGUCCUGUAGCUGGUUAUCUGAGUCCGAGGGAUUUUCUGAGCGGUCUUGCCUUCAGAGUUUUUCACUGUACUCAGUAUAUCAGGCAUUCCAGUGACCCGUUUUACACGCCAGAACCUGAUUGCUGUCAUGAGUUACUGGGACAUAUGCCACUUCUAGCCAAUCCGAGCUUUGCUCAAUUCUCACAAGAGCUGGGGUUGGCCAGUUUGGGAGCUUGUGACGAGGACGUGAAUAAAUUAGCGACGCUGUACUUCUUCACUGUUGAAUUUGGAUUGUGUAAACAAGAUGGGGAACUGAAAGUUUACGGUGCCGGACUCCUCAGCAGUGUAGCUGAGCUGAAACACGCCAUCGAAAACGCCGAUGCGAAGGUAAAACGUUUCGAUCCCGAUCUCACCUGUCUUCAGGAAUGCAUUAUAACCGACUAUCAACUUGGGUACUGGUACACGGAUACAUUCGAAGAAGCAAAGGAAAAAAUGAGAACUUUUGCUGAAAGGAUUCAAAAACCCUUCGGCUUACGAUACAACCCUUACACUCAGAGCGUGGAGGUUCUGAGCAACGCUCAGAAAAUCACUGCGGUCGUUUCUGAGCUCAGAGGAGACCUGUGUAUCGUGAACAGCGCUCUGAAGAAGAUCGGAGCAAGAGAUUCAACUUUGGACGUGAACAGAAUAGCAAAUCUGCUACAGACUGGGUUAAUCACUGAAGAUCUAUCCUUGGAGAACGGACAGAGUAUUGACGAACAUGGUGUGGGUAAAAAGGAAUAAAAAAAAUUAAGAAUAUAACUUCUGAUAAUAAUUGAUUAAAUAAAACAUGCUGGAUUU